AGAAGCCUCUGUUCUCUCACCCGGCUAGAGCACAGAUCUCCACAUGCAGUCGUGACGCUUGCUCAUUCAAACUGAGACAUUUCUGGACCUGAAGAUACGGACCUAUUUAAACAUUGAAUCAGAUAAAUAACCAUAGGAAGAAGUUACUGUAUUUUUUUAAAACGUAAAUAAGCUUUUUUUGGAGGAAGAUAUAUUUCAUAACAGCUGAAUUUUUCAUCGUCCCGCGCCCGCGACGGUGUGUGUGCGCGCGCGGUUAAUUAGCUUACUGGCUAGCAGACACUUUUCUUCACCGGACCGACAACUUAACGUGUGGAUGUACCCCUGCUCAUCUGCAGUUACAGUUGCACAAUGGCUGUCUGUUCACUCUGCAUGAUAGCUCAGCACCAAAGGAACAGCAACAGAUCUAGUAUAAUUACAGGAUAGCAAUAAGCCCACACUUAGACCUCUGUUUACCUUUAGCUGUUUUCUGGUCAAUCCCAGGUAAAACAUUUCAAGUUUGCACUACUGAAUCUCAGAAAUCCUGCUUGACAGGUGGGCCUAAAAAAAGUGAAUUAUUUAUUUACCUUGUACCUCUUUAUUUUACUAGCUGCUGUUUAGAGAUAGCAUUAUAUAAAUAGCUAUUUUGACAGGCAUUCAUUCCCUUUAAGAUUGUGAAGCAAUUCCUCCAUAGUGUACAAUCAUGGUUUCAACAACUGUGACUGCAAUGAUGGUAGUCAGCACAGUAGGGUUAGUGACCCAUACUGCUAUGACAGAGUACAUGUGGCUGCUGAUUCUUGGCUUCUUCAUCGCCUUCAUCUUAGCCUUUUCUGUGGGUGCCAAUGACGUUGCUAAUUCAUUUGGCACAGCUGUGGGCUCUGGGGUGGUCACCUUGCGACAGGCUUGCGUUCUGGCCACAAUAUUUGAAACUCUGGGCUCUGUGCUCCUUGGGGCCAAAGUGAGCGAAACCAUCCGCAAGGGUAUCAUCGACGUGGGCAUGUACAAUGGCUCUGAGCAUGUGUUGAUGGCUGGAUCCAUCAGUGCUAUGUUUGGUUCUGCUGUGUGGCAGCUGGCCGCCUCAUUUCUUAAGCUUCCCAUCUCUGGAACACACUGCAUUGUUGGUGCUACUAUUGGCUUCUCGCUGGUUGCCAGAGGCCAGCAGGGAGUCAAGUGGCUUGAACUCCUUCGUAUUGUUGGUUCCUGGUUCCUGAGUCCCCUUCUGUCUGGUAUAAUGUCCGGCAUUGUUUUCUACUUUGUGCGCAUGUUCAUCUUACACAAGAAAGACCCUGUGCCUAAUGGAUUGAGGGCCCUGCCUGUCUUCUAUGCCAUAACCAUGGGAAUCAACCUGUUCUCCAUCAUGUUCACUGGCGCUCCGAUGCUGGGAUUUGACAAGAUCCCUUGGUGGGGCAUCCUGCUCAUCUCGUUGGGCUUCUCUGUGUUGACUGCCAUCGUGGUCUGGUUUAUUGUCUGCCCACGGCUCAAGAAGAAGAUUGAACGAGAUAUGAAGUCUUCCAGCCCCUCUGAGAGCCCCCUGAUGGAGAAGAGGGAACUGAGAGAGGUCCACUGUCCAAUCCUGAAACAGACUGCCAAGGAAACGUCUACGCCUACCACCCCAGCUGUCAAUCAAAACCCCCCUGCACAGCCCCAGGCUGCCCCUGAGGAGCGCAGGGUGGCGUUCGACAUUGGAGAUUCUGACGACGGAGAAACUAAUAAGGAACGCAAGGUGGCGUUUGACAUUGGAGAUUCUGAUGACACGGACUACAACAAUGCAAAUGGUUUGCCCAAACAGAUUCAAUCAAACAAUCAGCACAGCAACGGCUCCACAAAUACUCCCAAUCAGGUCCAGUUCAACAGGCCAGCACAGAUUCCCAGUAACGGUUACAGCCAGUACCACACUGUCCACAAGGACUCUGGCCUCUACAAGGACCUACUGCACAAGCUCCACCUGGCCAAGGUUGGUGACUGCAUGGGUGAGGCGAGUGACCGACCUAUCCGACGCAACAACAGCUACACCUCCUACACCAUGGCCAUCAUCGGCAUGCACGGAGACUUCAAACAUAAAGAAGGGGAGUUCCGAGCCAGCGAAGAUAGUGACAAGGCCCCUGGGUCAGGUGGUCAGGAAAGGAAGCGUGUGCGUAUGGACAGUUACACCAGCUACUGCAAUGCUGUGGCAGAGCACACAACUCCUGAAGGAUUGGGAGAGGGCGAUGUCGCACUAGAAAUAGGGAAGGAGGAUGCAGGUAGCAGCCAAAGCUCUCUGGAUGAUGAUGGGCCUGAAGCCGACAAGCCAGAAGUCUCAACUCUCUUCCAGUUCCUCCAAAUUCUCACCGCCUGCUUCGGAUCCUUCGCCCAUGGAGGAAACGACGUUAGUAAUGCCAUUGGACCAUUGGUAGCUCUGUGGCUCGUUUACACAACCAACAGUGUGUCUUCAAAUGAACCCACACCCAUUUGGCUGCUGCUAUAUGGAGGUGUGGGCAUCUGUGCUGGUCUCUGGGUGUGGGGUCGCCGAGUGAUCCAGACUAUGGGCAGGGACCUUACCCCCAUCACCCCCUCAAGUGGUUUCAGCAUUGAACUGGCCUCAGCCCUAACUGUCGUGGUUGCCUCUAACAUUGGCCUGCCUGUCUCCACCACCCACUGCAAGGUGGGCUCUGUGGUGGCAGUAGGAUGGCUGCGCUCCAGGAAAGCAGUAGACUGGCGUCUGUUUAGAAACAUCUUCAUGGCAUGGUUUGUGACUGUGCCCAUCUCUGGUCUGAUCAGUGCUGCCAUCAUGGCCAUCUUCAUCUAUGGCAUCCUGUGAGCCUUCGGCUGCGCCCCAAGCAGGGGAGGAAAAAGAAGCCGCUCCAGUGCGCACCAGAAGAGGAGUAAAGUUGGGAGGCCAAAAUAUAUCGCUUACCUCAAGCCAACAACUUUGGAAGAAAAAGGAAAAAAAAAUGAAAUGUUUUGGAAGGACUUGUGAUAUGGGCCUGUGGUUCUUGGCUGCAUCAUUUUCAACCUAGAAUUUGCUGUUUAUUCCAUUUGGGCCACAUAACUUCCAGUGGGUAGAUUGCAUUUCUUUGUUCUGACUUGCUUUUUCAUAUCUCAUUCUGUAAAGAGUAUCUAAAAGCAUCAACUGAUUUUCUUUUUCUAAUACUCAUUCUUCCAUUUUUUUUUUUUUACUUUGCAAUUAUGUAUAUACCACCAUGCUGUUUUAAUUUUGUUUUACAAGUUAGAAAGAAAAGAACAAUUAAAAUGCAGUAUUAGCCUUUUCCAGAUGUAACUCUCAAGUCAUAUCACAUGCUGAAGGUAACAUAGCUGCAACAGCAGUAUUUUAGGUGCAAAAAAACAAGGUUAUUGGUGUGUAUGUGUGUGAUUUUCCCCCCCCACCCCCCCCCCCCCCCCAAUCCAAGUUUUUAUUAAUGAACUAACAUUUAGCAUCUGGCUUCUUAAAUCUGCUAAACCGGGACAUUUGUUUCCCUCCUCUGAUAUAGAACAAAAUUGACAAGUGAAGAAAACGUAGGGAGGUUUGUGACUGUUUUCUACUAAACCCACAAAUUAUCUGAUCACAUUCACAGCCCUGCAAAGUAACUUACAAGGAUAGAAGCACUAAUUCUAUACACUGGAUGACCACCUGCAGAUUAAUGUCAAAUACUGUACCAAAAGCAUAAAGUCAGCACACUUGUGGCAGGAAAUGCCAAAGUCCUCCUCGUUAAAGUCAACGGAUUAUCUGUCCACUAUCCCGUUCUUUCAUCUGAAUCUCGUGAGGCCCUACAUUCUUUAUCAGUGCAGAAGUUAACUGCCUGAAAUAACUUUUGUUACUUGAAUUUGAGAACUGUAACAACAGAAUGUUGAUUAAUGCAAAAAUGUGCUCAAGACCUUAAGUCUCCUGUUAAAACUUGAUUGCAUCAUCCAUGAUGGUUAAAUGCUUUAGUCCUGCUUCAGCCUUGUUUUUCUAGUUCACCUUGUAUCAACUAGUGUGUUUUUUUUUUUUUUUUUUUUUCUUCUUCUUGUCUGUGGAAUUUGCACCUGCCUAGACAAUUGGGUUGCUUUUGUUCCCCCACCCCCCCUUUCUCCGUCAGCCUGAGAAGCUGAAUAAGGUUGUAAGUGAGGAGGAGCAGGAACCUAAACCUGGAAGUUAUCUAACCGGAUGGUUUGGUGUUGAGCUGAUCUGGUCUCUUUGUUUGAAUGAGGGCAGACAUACGUUGCAUCCCACCGGUGUGUGGUCAUUUGGUUGCAGUACUACAUUUCAGACUUGUAGAUGCUGUAGUUGCCUUAACUGUUUUAUUUUCCCUUAGGUACCAAAGAAGAUUUUUUUGUUUUGUUUUUUUUAAUGCACAUCAACAUAAUCCAGUCCACACUGAUGGAUGAAAAACAAAUGAAAAAUAAAAAUGGGAAAAUA